UUCUUUUCUUUCUUUCUUUAAAAAACACAAUAAAGACACACAACCAAAGAAAAAAAGCAUGAAAGUAAAGAGAAGUGUUUUUCUUUGGAAAAACAUUGUUUUAUUUAUACAAAAAACAUCAACAAUUAUGUUGUAAGAAAAACAAAAAACAUCACAAAUUUCAAAAGAACAUAAAGAAUUUUGUUCUAAAGACAGAGUCUUCCCUGGCUGCUGCUUGCUCUUUUCUUCUCCUUUUGUUUUUUUAUCUUCUUUAAAAACUGGUUCUUGAUUCUUGAUUAAGGGCGCAGGGAGUUAAUUGUGCAGUCCAUAUCCCCAUAUAUGUGGGGAUAGGAAUGCUAAGUACAUGGGAAAGAAAGGGAGUUGGUUUUCUGCAAUCAAGAAGGUCUUUUUACCAAAUUCCAAAGACAAACUAGCUAAAGAAUCAGAUCAGAAAAGCACUAAAGAAAAGAAGAAAAAGGGGCUAGGAAAACUUAGACAUGGCGAUACCAAUUCAUUCAUUCCUAAGUUUAGAGAACCGAGCAGCAUUGAGAAAAUUUUGGACGAGGCAGAAAGGGAGCAUAAAUUAGUUUUCAGGCCUCCAACACCUCCAGAGCAACCAAGAACACCACCUUUUGUACCGAAAGCUGCUUCUCCGAGGGUUCCUUCUCAAAGAGUUCCGUCCCCUAGAGCGGUUUCUCCUAGAGUUUCUCCCCCAAGAGCAGCAUCUCCGAGGGUUGCUUCCCCCCGGCCACCUUCUCCUAAGAAUGUUCAUCGUCCUAAGGAGAUAUACUACAGACCGGAACCGACUCUGAGGAAUCACCAUGCUUCGGCUACCAAGAUCCAAGCAGCCUAUAGAGGCUACACUGCAAGGAGGAGUUUUAGAGCUUUGAAAGGUUUGGUGAGGCUUCAAGGAGUAGUACGAGGACAGAGUGUAAAGCGGCAGACGAUGAAUGCAAUGAAGUACAUGCAGAUGUUGGUCCGUGUCCAAUCUCAAAUUCAGUCACGGAGGAUCCAAAUGUUAGAAAACCAAGCACGACGACAAGCUCAAAUCAGGAACGAUAAAGAAGUAGAAAGUACCUUAGGCAAAUGGAGCCUGGCUUCUGAGGCAGGUAAUAAUGAAGAUUGGGACGACAGCUUGCUAACUAAGGAAGAAAUUGAGGCAAGGUUGCAGAAAAAGGUGGAUGCAGUUAUUAAAAGAGAGAGAGCUAUGUCCUAUGCAUAUUCCCACCAGCAGUUAUGGAAGUCUACUCCAAAAUCUGCUCAAUCAGCUUUAGGAGAUAUACGUUCGAAUGGGUUUCCCUGGUGGUGGAACUGGUUAGAACGUCAGGUACCACCAACAAGUACACCUGAAACCCAAGGCAUAAAGAAUUUUCAACUUACACCACCAAGGCCACAUUCCGAAAUGAAGCCUAGUCCACGGCCACCAUCAUCAAGCAACAAUAAGCUACAGCAUUUUACGUUUGAUGGUAUGGACACUCCGACGCCAAGAUCCUCAAAGUCGGUUGCAUUUGUUUCGACGAGGCAAGCACGACCUCCAAUACACCGAACUCCACAAGCCAACACGUCGAAAUAUUCAAGAGCAAGAGCUAGCGGAGGUGAAUCCCCAUUUGAUCUUCCAUUGAAGGACGAUGAUAGCCUCAUGAGCUGCCCACCCUUUUCGGUACCAAACUACAUGGCUGCAACAGCUUCCGCUAAAGCGAAAGUACGAGCGAAUAGUAAUCCUAAGGAGCGGUUUCCGGGUACACCGAGCAGUGAAAAGAGGAGGCUUUCAUUCCCUCUAACACAAGGCAUCAGUUCUUUCAAGUGGAACAAAGGAUCAUUGUUCUCUUCCGGUAAGGAUUCGAAUUCACAAAAGGGUGGUUUAGAUCAAAAUCAAACACUUCACUCCAUAGGAAAUUUGAGUGUUGAUUCAUCAACAGUCUCUAUGCCGGCUUCUGUUGGAAGAAAGCCAUUUAACAGAUUUGUGUGAUUAUUUUGUGUUAUAUUCUUAACAUUUUUUUAUUUUAUUUUUGGGUGUCAUUUGAUAUGAGUGUAUGGUGAUAUUUGGAUUUACAAAAAUACUAAUGUAAUAUAAUAAAGUCACAGAUAGAGAAAUGGUGAUUUUAAGGUUUGUUUUUGUUUCUUUAA